AGUAACUCAUUCAUAUUUAGUCGGUGGUUAAUUGUUGAGUGGGAAGGAUUGUCGCAUGUCAUAGUCGUUAAAUUAACGACAAGUGCGGUAAAUAAACAUGUCUAAUAGAAGGCAAAAUUUUAAAAAUCCUUUUUCGAGGCCAUGGAUGACUGAAACUGGAGCAGCAGCCGCAGCCGGAGGUCCAGGGUCAGUCGGACUGAAAGGAGUCGUUGCCGGCGGUAUUACUGGUGGCAUUGAAAUUUGUAUUACAUUCCCCACCGAAUAUGUGAAAACACAACUCCAAUUAGACGAAAAAGGUGGUACAAAGCAAUAUGCAGGUAUCGUUGACUGUGUUAAGAAGACCGUCAAAGGCCAUGGCUUCCUCGGUCUUUACAGAGGACUCAGUGUCCUAUUGUACGGCUCAAUACCCAAAUCAGCAGUACGAUUCGGAGUAUUCGAGCAAGCAAAACUAUACAUGGUCACAGAGAAUGGAACAUUAUCAACGACUGGCAAACUGGCGUGUGGUUUGGCUGCCGGUGUAGCUGAAGCGAUCUUCGCUGUCACACCCAUGGAAACUGUGAAAGUGAAGUUCAUUAAUGACAUGAGAAUGGAGAAGCCCAGGUUUAAGGGUUUCUUCCAUGGUGUUAGAACUAUCGUUAGGGAAGAAGGUAUCGGUGGUGUCUACAAAGGUGUAUCAGCCACUAUCAUGAAGCAGGGCAGUAAUCAGGCAAUCAGAUUCUUCGUGAUGGAAUCUCUAAGAGACUGGUACAAGGGAGGUGACCGGGACAAACCAGUGCCGAAAUACAUCGUGGGUUUAUUCGGUGGCGUUGCAGGUGCAGCAUCAGUCUUCGGUAACACUCCUAUAGAUGUAGUCAAAACUCGAAUGCAAGGUCUCGAAGCUAAGAAAUACAAGAGCACGUUGGAUUGCUUUAUAAAGACCUGGAAACACGAGGGUCCUCUCGCUUUCUAUAAAGGUACCGUGCCACGUCUCAGUAGAGUUGUGUUCGAUGUAGCGAUCACGUUCACCAUAUAUGACAGUAUCAUGGACGUAUUUAAUUAUGUAUGGAAGUAGUGUAAACGGGUUCAAAAUGUUGCCAUUUUAUAAAUUACCACUAAUAUAAACGGGAUACAGAUUUCAUUUACGUUUCUAUUAGUAUAUUUUAAAUGUGAAUAGAGUUUUGUUUCAUUUUGUUAUCAGGUCGAAAUGUAUAUCUGAAUUUAUAAAAGUAUUUUGUUUUUAUUACAUGUGAUUUCGUAAAUUAUUGAAGAGUUUAUAGUUUAAACAAUUAGUCAUGCUUUGAUUGUGGUGAUAAUCUAUGAUUUUUUUUUUUGCUUUUAUAUACAGACACUUAUAUAUUGACUACUAUAUAUUUAUAUAAUAAGACGUGAAAAAAGAAUACUAUAAGUAAUAAUUUUAUCAAUUAUAUACGACGUUUAUUCAAGUUUUUCGUGAAUUUCUUGCAAGUGCUGCCAUAUUGAAUAUUGAAAUUUCUAUGUAGUUACAAUAUUUGCGACGAAUUCAUGUGAGACUAGAUUAAGUGUGAAAUAUAUAUGCAAUAUUUCGUUGCAGUACUUGUGUACAAACAUUUUGAAUGAUGUUAGGAUCAUAAUAUAGUAAGUAAUUGACAUCUAAAUAUAUAUUAUGAAUAUUUUUGUAGAAUUUAAACUAUUGUUUUUAUUUUGUUAUAUUAUUUUUAAACACUAUAUAUGUAUGCAUUUUAAACAAUAUUUUUAGAACAUUUUUUUAUAAGAUUUUUGUCUUGGUUCCGGGGUUGGUAAUGUGAUUUAUAAAAGGAAUUUAUUUUGUUUUUUUUUUAUGACUGCCUUUAUUUUUAAGCAUUAUAUUCAUGGGCGAUGCUAUUAAUUUUUUUACUGGUAAUAGAUGGUACCCUUGAGUUUAAAUUGAGAUGAGACCAAUACUUCGGUAUUAGGUACUGUUCUUUCGACGUGUUAACAAUAUCACUUACUACUAUCUGGCUUGCUACGCUCACAACUAUUUUUUUAAUCUAUAUCAAUCGACAUGUCUAUCGAAUAUCUAAUGAGCCCAAAAAUAUUAAAAUACCAACUAUGUUUAUUCAUAAUAUUUAAUCAAAUCGAUUUAUACAAUGGGAAUUGAAAUAUAAUCGAUUGUCAGCAUUUAAUAGAUGAUACAAUUCACAAUUACAGAAUAUAAAAAAAAAAACAUUGUUCUAUAAUAAUUAAUUUUUAAAGAUAUUAUCAUUUUUUUAUUCUUUUUUAAGUUUAUAAUAGAAGUUGAUUUUUUAUAUAUUUUUAUUUUCUUAAUUUAUUUAUUACUAAUAUUAUUUAUUUUCAAAAAUGAUUAAAAUUUAUUUCAGCUGUCUCUGUCUCAUUUGAUGUUUCAUAUAUAUGAAUAUUUAUAUUGUCUUACAUGACUUUUAUAUAUCUAUAAUAAAAUAGUCUCUCAUUAACAUUGCUAAUACUUUUUAAACAGGCAUACAUUCUAUUUUAAAAAAAAAAAAAAAAAAUUUUUUGGAUGUAUUCAAUGUAUGCCUCUUAUAAUCUGAUUGGUUAUUGAAUUUAUAGACCAGUGCUAUUUAUGAAUUGAUAAGAAUUUAAUUAAAUAUUGCUUUAUUUAGUAUGUUACUAUUAAUAUAUGGGAUGCUUUGCUAUGGAGUCUGUUUUAAACAGAUUGGUUUAAGAUUACUACAAAAACUUAAAAAUUAAAUAUAAUAUAAACCAUAUGUAUUUAUUAAAUAAGAAAUCCUGCUUAAAAGCAAUAUAUUUCGUUAUUUUGUUUUCAAAAAUAAAUGUUACUACAGUU